ACUUAUACCUGCCCGGUCGACAAACCCUCGGGGGCGCGCGUCUGAAUAAACAAGCCCAGUGAUUCACGUUGUUGUUCGUUCAUUUUUCUUACAACUGUCCAUCGUAAUUGACUCGCGUGCCCGGUAAAGCUUCCACGUCGCGUUGAUGUGACGUACGCAUCGUUGCGACUGAAGAUUGGUUAUCCAUCCGUGUUUUAACUGUUGCUUUUUCGAGUGGCAAGUCGUUGACAGCGUUGUCUAUUUCGUGUGUAUUUUAUGCGAUAGGGAAAGCUGUCCCUAGACUGUAACGACGACAGUACUUUGGGUGUACGCGUGUGUGCCAUCACAAAAGAAGAGUAGAAAACGUCACGUCAGAAUAUGAAGUCGUUUGUUCUUUUAUCUGCUCUCGUGUCAAUCACUGCGACCGCACACUCGAGUUCGUACGGCCAGUCGUACCAGUAUAGCUAUCGAGGACCCUACACUCAGCACGGAGCGACAAUUCCUCAGGAAGCAGCAUCAGGUGACCUUCUUGGGAUGCAUAGCUUUAGCAGUUUAGGAAGCGGCCUCUCCUAUGGUGGCCUUGGAAGCCUUGGGGGUUAUGGAGGCCAUAAUAUCUUAUUAUCAGCAGGUCACUUUGGUAGUCACAGGUUCACCCCUGGCAGUCAUGGACAUCGAAGCCUCCAACUAGUCGAUUACGGCUUUCCGGAGAGGUCCAAACUCUACGGGGGAUAUGUUGGAGGUUUUGGUGGAUAUGCUAAAGGCGCCCUCGACAGCAUUCAGCACCUAAAUCAGGGCGGCGUCAGGCUGCCAUUGUUAUCGUACGGUGCACCUAAAACUUCAUCAAUUGCCUUUGGAUCACACGCUGGUUUAAGGGGACACGACGCAUCGCUUGGUCUUCAUGCUCCCAUCGCUCAUUACGAAAGACAUCAGAUUCGGCACGGGCAUCAGAACGGCCAUCUUGGCUUUGGUAUUGGCGGGACCCAAUAUGAAGUCGAAUAUACGAAGGCAGCGUCUGCCGCUUAAGAGUUUCCCCAAGGCUUAAACCUGCCAUAAACAGCCUUCACGCUGGAUUAGGCUGAUGUGAAUACUAUCCUGCCAUUCAUUUGAGUGACUAGCCUAUGUAAUCUCGCAUGUAACUAUACGGUUUCUAUCGGCAUUUGUUCCCUUAUUCUAUUAUUUUGGCAAUUAUAAUACUUGAACACCCAUGCGUCAAGAAA